CGGCUCGUGCCUGAGGUCUCCGGCAGCCGAUCGGCUCGACCGAUCACUCGCCACAUGUCAUAUCUACGGCCUCUCCCAUCCUCUCCAUCUCCACCUUCGUCUGUCUCCUCCUCCGCUGUGGAAGAAGACGACGACUGCUUAUCGCCCGCUUCUCCUUCUCUGUCUCGUUUUCCCUCAGAUACUCCAUCCCCAUCACCAUCGCCAUGCGUUUUCUCACCGAACGAGUUCUCGGCGAGCACCUGCUGGCGCCACGUGACGACAUCUCGGCGAUCAGACAAGUCCACCACCCGCGGAUCAGUCCGGAUCUUCUACGCUUCGCGCAGUUCUUCAGCACCACGGGAGUGUACGCGGCGGCGGAAUUUCGCUUUGCGGCCCAUAGCCAGGCGCUCGUAUUGGCUGAGGCAUCGGCUUACCGGCGACUUUCAGUAUUGGGAGUCAGCCACGUGUCCACCGUUGUUGUCUUCAGCGGAGAUAUCAGCACGGUGGAUCCGCUACGACAUACGGCUAUUCGAGUAUCGCGGAGGAGGUGGGGUGAGCAGCUGGCAGCGGAGUGGAGCCGAUGGCUUGCGCGGCAUGGUGACAAUCUUGUCCUCACCGACAGCAUCGACGCCGGCGGGCUUUACACUGGAACUGACGUGGAUGCGGGAUAGUGAGCAUCGCACCAGAAGAGAGAGUGUUGAGCUGCUGAUCAUCCAAGCGAGGAGGACGGAAGUGGAGGGAGAUCUCCUCGGGUUCGUCUUCGGAUUGGUGCAGCCAGGCCAUCGGCAGUUGAUCGUGCGGGAGCUCACGGUCCCCUUCGCGCAGCUAAUCGACGAUCUCCCCGUCGAUAUCAUCUCGCAAUGCGACGAGAGCCCGAUGUCGCACGUCCUCCAGCGGAGACUGACGCCCUACUUGCAGUGGUCGGCCUGCCUGGAAGAGCCGGGAGAGGACGACAGCCCGCCAUUGCGAUCGGAGUACUUGGAUCCCAGGGGGAUCAUCAAUAUCCUCUUCUUCCAGCCCAGGACAGUGUCUGAAGACGAAGCCAUAGCGGUAGAGGAGGAAGAAGAGGAGGACGAGGAGGAAGAAACCCCGGAGGAAGGAAGCUACAAUGCGGAUGUGGUGAGCUGCUGCAAUGACUAUUUCUAUGGGAAUGACCCGCCACAACCCAACCAGGCUCCCGUCGGUCGGUGGGUGCCUCUGGGACCAGCGAAGACAGUAGGAAUGUUCCAGAAUUUUUACGGAGAUACCAACUGCAUGCUGAAGCGGGAUGUGUUUCACAAGAUUGGUGGCUUUCCAGAGGAUUUUGCGUAUGCCUUGGAGGAUUGGGAGCUCCUUUCUCGUGCAGUGCUCGCUGGAUAUGUGCUGAAGACAAUACCUGAUCCCCUCUACUGGCAUGAACUCUCUGCGGCAGUGCUGGUCCAGCGGUACUACUACGUGUCGGCUUGCAGCGCGGUGAGCUGCCUUGUAGGGCUGCGUGCUUGCUUGCAGGGUCGUGUGCCGGCGUGUGCUGAGGGAGAAGGGGCAGGGUACAAAGGAGGGAGGGAGUAAGGGAGGGGGAAAGUUGGGGGCAAAGAUUGGGGUACAGGGAGGUCGAGAGAAUAAAGAUAGAAGGGGAGGGGGGAGGAGGGGGGGGAAGGCUCACAUACUCCUCAUCUCAGUAUCUGUUUUUUUAGUAAUCUCUGAAAUGCUAUUCUCAUCAAGAUCGUCCUUAUUUCUUUUCUCCUAUUUCAACUUUUUUCUUGACUAAAUUUACUACUUUAAUCAAUCAUCAUCAACCACAAAUAUUCUCACAAGUAACAAUAUAAUUAAAUAUCUAUAAUAAAUUCCUAAUUAUUUU